AGAGUAAAAAUGGAAGUCAUACUCACUCUGCUCAUACUCUCCAUAGCUGUGUUUCAACAAAAUUAUUGUGUACCUAUCGCCGUCGCUACAUCUGGGCAGGUUGAGGCAAAAGGUGAAAUCGCUGUACCGCCUAAGGCCGCGGAAGGUCACCGUGUCAAGAGAGCGAGACAUACUAAGUGCUGGUUAUAUUGCCGUAACAGUAAUCCAAGUUCUUGUGAGCAGAGAUGUAGCGUUCCCGUAGGGGAUCGUAAUCCGUUCGGUAGACUUUUUGGUUGAACAUUCGUGGAUUUUCGAAUAUGGGAAUAAAGGUUCAUCC